GCGCAGAAGAGCGGCAUCACUGGAGCCCAGGUCGCUGCUGCCGCCGCCGCACCGGGAGCCUCGCGUUCAGGCAGGAGAGCAGCUCCCGAGGCGCCGACGACCGCGGCCCACGGGUGCCAGCAAGGUAGACUGAGUCCGGGGGAGCGGCGCCGCGAACCACCCACCUAAGCAGUCGGCCCCGAUUGAGAAGCCCAGGAGUGCUGCCGAGCUACCCCCGUAGGAGGAGCCUGCCUGAGCUCAAGGAGCCUCCGCCGCCACCGAAGCAGUGCACAGCAGAAGUCGCCUCCAUGGCCCACUCACCGGUGGCUGUCCAAGUGCCAGGGAUGCAGAAUAACAUAGCUGAUCCAGAAGAACUCUUCACAAAACUAGAGCGCAUUGGAAAAGGAUCAUUUGGAGAAGUUUUCAAAGGAAUUGAUAACCGUACUCAGCAAGUGGUUGCAAUUAAAAUCAUUGACCUGGAGGAAGCUGAAGAUGAAAUAGAAGACAUUCAACAAGAAAUAACUGUUUUAAGUCAGUGUGACAGCUCAUAUGUAACAAAAUACUAUGGGUCAUAUUUGAAGGGUUCAAAACUGUGGAUAAUAAUGGAAUACCUUGGGGGAGGUUCUGCACUGGAUCUCCUGCGUGCUGGUCCAUUUGAUGAGUUCCAGAUUGCUACCAUGCUAAAGGAAAUUCUGAAAGGUCUGGACUAUCUGCAUUCUGAAAAGAAAAUUCACCGAGACAUAAAAGCUGCCAAUGUUUUGCUCUCAGAACAAGGAGAUGUUAAACUGGCUGACUUUGGGGUUGCUGGCCAAUUGACAGAUACACAGAUUAAAAGAAACACCUUUGUGGGAACUCCAUUUUGGAUGGCUCCUGAAGUUAUUCAGCAGUCAGCUUAUGACUCAAAAGCUGAUAUUUGGUCUCUGGGCAUCACUGCUAUUGAACUUGCCAAGGGAGAACCACCUAACUCCGAUAUGCAUCCAAUGAGAGUCCUGUUUCUCAUUCCCAAAAACAAUCCUCCAACACUAGUUGGAGAAUUUACUAAGUCUUUUAAGGAAUUUAUUGAUGCUUGCCUGAAUAAAGAUCCAUCAUUUCGUCCUACAGCCAAAGAACUAUUGAAACAUAAAUUCAUUGUAAAAAAUUCAAAGAAGACUUCCUAUCUGACUGAAUUGAUUGAUCGCUUUAAGAGAUGGAAGGCCGAAGGACACAGUGAUGAUGACUCAGAUUCUGAGGGUUCUGACUCGGAAUCUACCAGCAGAGAGAAUAACACUCAUCCUGAAUGGAGUUUCACCACUGUGCGAAAGAAGCCUGAUCCCAAAAAACUACAGAAUGGGGCAGAACAAGAUCUUGUGCAAACCUUGAGCUGUUUGUCGAUGAUAAUCACACCUGCAUUUGCUGAACUUAAGCAGCAAGAUGAGAACAAUGCCAGCAGAAAUCAGGCAAUUGAAGAACUUGAGAAAAGUAUUGCUGUGGCUGAAGCCGCCUGUCCUGGCAUCACAGAUAAAAUGGUGAAGAAAUUAAUUGAAAAAUUUCAAAAGUGUUCUGAAGAUGAAUCCUCCUAAGAGAUUUCUUGUCAUUGUUGACUGCUGUUGCAUAUGGACCCAGAGAACCCCACCAAAGCUACAUCAAGCUUAACAGUGCUUAAUUCAUCAGUUCCUUGUGCCUUUUGGAUCUUUGCGACAUUGAAGAUGUAGAAGAAGCUAAUCAACUAUUUUGUGAUGGUGGCUAUCAUUUUGUAUUUUAAAGAGAUUAUUUUGUAAGGAAUAAUUUUUAAUACUGUAGUUUCACCUGUCUUGUAGUAAAUGUUGAGAUACAGUUGUUGAUUUUAGGUAUCGUGAUUUCUUAAGUUACUGGGAAAAAAAAUGCCCUUGGUUUUUGAACCUUUAAUUAACUGUACACUCAUAAAACAUGCAGGUCUUUCAAGGUCAUUCUAAAAAUUCAACUUUUAUGAAUGAUCAACCUUACAAAAGCACUUCACACAAGCAUAUUCUGAAAAUGACUAUUUAUAGGGGGUACAAAUAAUUCACACCUUCUUCAAACAAACUUUUCUAAUGAGUUCUUGGAAAUUUCACCUAGAAAAAGUGUGGAGCUUUCUACCAAGUCAUUAUGAAUCCAUUAGUGGUGAUCAGUUUUAAGAAGCCUGUGUUUGACGUAUUCAUAGGCAACAUGUAGCAACAGAAGUACCUCCUGGUGCAUUUCUCUUCUUUCUCAAAUGGACAAAACAGUUAACCCUUAUUUAAUAUGGUUAGACAUUUAAAGCAAUAUCAUUUAGCCAAGGAUUCUUUUUGUUAUACUAGAGGAAUUAGUCUGGCUUCGUUCUUUAACCCUUUGGGUCAAAUCAUAUCUUACAUGCUUGGAUUUAAAAAGCUUUACGAAGCUUAUUGACAUGAGAUUAAAUACCUGAUCAACAGGUAAGACUGUAACAAUACCAGCAUCUUUUUGUCAUGGUAAUAAAUUGUCCUAUAAACUAUUUAUACAUCUUUGUUCUUCAUAAUUACAUAACAUUGUGUAUUCAUUUUUGAAAGGGUAUUUAAAUGAAUAUUUUCCAGCACAUAUGAAAAUAACCAUACUACAGGAUGAUGUCUGUCCAUACAAAAGUAAUUUAGACUGUACAGUUAAUUUUCAGUUAUAUUUAUGCUACUGUUAAGUGAGUAAUAGCCUUUUCUUUAAGCCUAGCAUAUAUAUAUUAGGCCAGUCUAAGUGCUGAACUGGGGCCUUGUUUCUGUAGUUGUAGAAUUAUUGAUAUUAGUUUUGACAGUUAAAGUUUUAUUGUCUCUAUCUGCACAUUUGGUUUUUGCACAAGUCAUCUUUAAAUAAUAAUUGCCAAAUAAUAGAUGUUCUACAUGCAAAGAAUACAGCUUUUAAUCAAUGUGACCAUUACUUUGCCUCUUUGUUGAAAAUGCAAAUACUUGAGAAAGUUGUAAUAUCAUAUGCCAAGAAAAUUCAUUGUGCCUAUAUUGUAACAGCGAUCUUUAAGUGCUUGUACUUUGAAGUAAUGGGUCAGUUAAACUAUUCAUCUGCUUAUAACUAAAUCUAAAUUACAAUUUGUUAUCCAUAGAGCUCUACAAAUAAUUUUGUGGCUCAUAUCAUGGAUUAACUUAAUAGUUUAAAAAAAAACAAAAGCAGCAAGUUUGUAAAUUGGUCAUGUGAAACUUCACAACAAAUAUAAAUUGUACUGUUCAUUCAUUAUAGUUAUUAGCCCUGUAAACUGUUUCUAGUUAAAGCACACUCCAGUGUUUGGGGGGGUGUUUAAAAUAAAUAUUUAAAUUUCAUGGUC